GUAAAGUUCUUUACUUUAAGUGCUACAGGUUUUUACAUUUAGUGGGAUUGCUUUCCUGUGGUGAAUAACUACCUUUUUGGGUCAUUAUUGCAAUUGAACACAGUGCAGCUCCUUUUUUAAUUCUUUAGUGAAGUGGUAGAUUUGUCCUUCAGUCAGUGAAGUCCAGAUGCAUGAGUCUGGGUCAGAACCAACACACCACGCCAUUCUAGCUAGUCAGACAGAGAACGGGAAUUACACCGAGAAUGAGAGUCGACUGAGCAGCAGCCACACUCCUCCUCCAGAGGCACCAAGGGUUCCAGUGUCAUUGUCGAUGAUGACCCCACCAGCAGAGGCUCCACAGCAACAACUACAGCAGACACCACAGCAGCCAAUCCUCAAUCCUCAGCAGCUCCAGGCUCUACUGCAGCAGCAGAAAGCACUCAUGUUACACCAGCAACAAAUUCAAGAGGUCUUCAAGAAUCAACAAGAGCAGCUAAAUAUGCAGCUGCUCCAGCAGAAGAAUGCUGGGAUCGUCAGCCAAGAGCUGACAGCUCAGCAGAUAGCCAUCCAGCAGCAGCUCCUUCAAAUGCAGCAGCAACAUCUCUUCAACCUGCAGAGACAAGGCCUGCUGUCUGUCCUUCCCACCAGCCCUUUCACAGCUCCAGCUUCUGAGAAUGGUAGCAUUGUGUCCACGGGUGGAGACACGAGAGAGUCUUCCAGUCAUCAAUCUACCACCAAUGGUCAUCACACUCUCUUGAAGAGAAAAGAAAGCGGGACAAUGGAUGAAAACACACAGAACAGCCAUCCUCUGUAUGGAAAUGGCAUGUGUAAAUGGCCUGGCUGUGAGACUGUCUUUGGAGACUUUCAGGCAUUUCUCAAACAUUUGAACAGUGAACAUAUACUGGACGACAAGAGCACAGCACAGUGUCGUGUGCAGAUGCAGGUGGUGCAGCAGUUGGAAUUGCAGCUGAAGAAGGACAAAGAGCGACUGCAAGCGAUGAUGGCUCAUCUCAAGUCCUCUGAACCCAAACCCGCAGCACAGCCUGUGAAUCUGGUGUCUAAUGUAUCCUUCUCCCAGGCAACACUGCCCAAAGGCCCUCCUCCUAUGAGUCUGUCUCAGAGCGCCACAGCGCCGUCCACACCCCUGACGCCAGUCUCUGACUCCCCUUCAGUCCUCACUCCCAAUAGUUUGUUCACUGGGACCCCAGUACGGAGGCGGUAUAGCCGCUCUGUGAGCCAAGGUAAUGAUAUAAUCGACAAUAAAGAGUUCUACUUGAGCACAGAAGUUAGACCUCCCUUCACGUAUGCCUCUCUCAUAAGACAGGCAAUAUUUGAGUCACCCCGUAACCAGCUGACUUUAAAUGAAAUCUACAACUGGUUUACGAGAAACUUUGCAUAUUUCAGGCGCAAUGCAGCUACUUGGAAGAACGCCGUCAGACAUAAUCUCAGUCUCCACAAAUGUUUUGUGCGCUUGGAGAAUGUGAAAGGAGCCGUGUGGACAGUCGAUGAGAUUGAGUUCCACAGACGGAGGCCGCAGAAAACUGCUGGUAAUGGCUCUCUGCUGAAGAACUCUCAGAACCGUCAGGGCUUAGGUGGAUCUGCUCUUCAGAGCGGCGAACUAGACGGCCUGAACUCCUUCUUUCAACCAGCCUCUAUGGGCAGCAUCCCACUGCACUCCCUGCCUCAUAUUCUUCAAGAGCAGAUGAAUGGAGCCCUUGCUAAUGGAUCUGGUUACCACAGUGACAGCAGUGCAACACAGUCCCCUCCACAAGCUUUCAUUAAAGAGGAGCAGGAGGAUGAGGAGAUAUGUGAAAAUUAUCCCUACGAAUCUCCGGAGAGCACGUACGAGCACGGCCACAGCCCGGAGAUGAACCCUGACGAAGACCACGACAGUCCGGGGAGGCACAACCUUCUUCUCGACCGCAUGCCUUCUCUCUGACCAGGAGGAGCAGCUUCUCCACUGCGAGGCCGUCUUCACUCACAGCCCGUGUGACUUUGUAUUUUAAAAAACAACAGCUUCAUCUACAUAACCAAACCACUAUGUUCUUGGGGAGUUCUUUUAGUUUUUUUGUUUAUUUUGUUUCCAUAUUUAUCGACCUUCCUCUUUUUUGUUUCUUCUUCUUCUGAAUCUAUUCUCUAUUUAGUUUUUUCUGUACAGUAUCGUGACGUCACAAAAACACAAGUGUGAAACUGUUUAUUAUUUUAACUGUGUCUGUACACAAAGAGGACCUUGAUGAGCAGAGAAGCCAAAGCAAAGGGAACAUUAAUAGUAAGCACUUCACAAUGAAACAUUUCUCUCUUCUUUGUAGCUUCAUCAUGAUAUCACUACCUGAUUGUUAUUUUAUUAGUCAUAAUAUAUUUAAAAAAAAGAAAAAAAUGUAGAUGAAGUAAAGAAAAUGUUGCUUUAAUGAAAAUGAAAAAUGUUCACUGCCAACAUGAUCUGAUAUAUUUGUAUUUAAGGUAUAAUCAAGUGAUCAAAAAGAUGAAAAAAAAACACACAAAAAACAUAGCUUCUUUAUACUUGUUGGGUUUUUUUCACCUCUUCCAUGAACAUUGUUGAAUUUUUGCUCAAAACGGAGCUUGUAAGAGUAGAUACUAUAGACAUUAUUGUAAACCAAUGCAUCUCUAUGAAUAAUAAAUUCCUUCAUGAUAAAUGUAA